AGAAGCGGAAAUUUUAAAAUUCUAACGGCGCUGGCGGGUAGAUCUUGGAGUUAGUGUUUUGGCGGCUGCCUUCCUGUCUAGUGGUUGAUUGCCGGGAUUACGGAAAUUCGACUGGAGUAAGGUCAUAAGCAUGAAGCGCAGUUCAGUAUCUACCGGCGGUGCUGGCCGCCUCUCAAUGCAGGAGUUAAGAUCCCAAGACUUCAAUAAACAAGGCCUCUAUACCCCUCAAAACAAGGAGAAACCAGCCUUUGGAAAAUUGAACAUAAACAAACCCACAUCUGAAAGAAAAGUCUCUGUAUUUGGUAAAAGAACCAGUGGACCUGGAUCCCGGAAUAGUCAAUUUGGUAUAUUUUCCUGUUCUGAAAAAAUCAAGGACCCAAGACCACUUAAUGACAAAGCAUUCAUUCAACAGUGUAUUCGACUACUCUGUGAGUUUCUUACAGAAAAUGGUUAUGCAUAUAGUGUAUCCAUGAAAUCUCUACAAGCUCCUUCCGUUAAAGACUUCCUAAAGAUCUUCACUUUUCUUUAUGGCUUCCUGUGCCCUUCGUAUGAAUUUCCUGACACAAAGUUUGAAGAAGAGGUUCCAAGAAUCUUCAAAGGGCUUGGGUAUCCUUUUGCAAUAUCCAAAAGCUCCAUGUAUACAGUGGGGGCCCCUCAUACAUGGCCUCACAUUGUGGCAGCCUUGGUUUGGCUAAUAGACUGCAUCAAGUUACAUACUGCCAUGAAAGAAAGUUCACCUUUAUUUGAUGAUGGCCAGCCUUGGGGAGAAGAAACUGAAGAUGGAAUUAUGUAUAAUAAGUUGUUUUUGGACUACACCAUAAAAUGCUAUGAGAGUUUCAUGACUGGUGCUGACAGCUUUGAGGAGAUGAACGCAGAGUUGCAGUCAAAGCUGAAGGAUUUAUUUAAUGUAGAUGCUUUCAAGCUGGAAUCAUUAGCAGCAAAAAACAAAGCACUCAAUGAACAGAUUGCAAGAUUGGAACAAGAAAGAGAAAAAGAACCGAAUCGUUUAGAGACAUUGAGAAAACUGAAAGCAUCUUUACAAGCAGAUGUUCAAAAAUAUCAGGCAUACAUGAGCAAUUUGGAGUCUCAUUCAGCCAUUCUUGACCAGAAAUUGAAUGGUCUCGAGGAAGAUAUUUCUAGAAUAGAACUAGAAUGUGAAACAAUGAAACAGGAGAAUGUUCGACUACAGAAUAUUGUUGACAACCAGAAGUACUCAGUUGCAGACAUUGAAAGAAUAAAUCAUGAAAGAAAUGAAUUACAGCAGACAAUUAAUAAACUAACUAAGGACCUGGAGGAUGAACAGCAGCAGUUGUGGAAUGAGGAGCUAAAAUAUGCCAGAGGCAAAGAGGCGAUUGAAACACAAUUAACAGAGUAUCACAAGUUGGCUAGAAAAUUAAAACUUAUACCUAAGGGUGCUGAGAAUUCCAAAGGUUAUGACUUUGAAAUUAAGUUUAAUCCUGAAGCUGGUGCCAACUGCCUUGUCAAAUACAGAGCUCAAGUUUAUGUACCACUCAAGGAACUCUUGAACCAAACUGAAGAAGAAAGUAAUAAAGCUCUAAAUAAAAAAAUGGGAUUAGAUGAUACUUUAGAACAAUUAAAUACAAUGAUAACAGAAAGUAGGAGAAGUGUAAGAAGUCUGAAAGAAGAAAUUCAAAAGCUGGAUGAUCUUUACCAACAAAAGGUUAAGGAAGCUGAAGAAGAGGACAAUAAAUGUGCCAGUGAGCUGGAGUCCUUGGAGAAGCACAAGCACAUGCUGGAGAGUGCUGUUAAUGAGGGCCUCAGUGAAGCUACGAACGAAUUAGAUUCUAUUCAGCGGGAAUACCAACUAGUUGUACAGACCACAACUGAAGAAAGACGAAAAGUGGGAAAUAAUUUGCAGUGUCUUUUAGAGAUGGUUGCUACCCAUGUAGGGUCUGUGGAGAAACACCUUGAGGAGCAGAUUGCUAAAGUCGAUAGAGAGUAUGAAGACCAUGCGUCUGAAGAUCUCUUGGAAAAUAUUAGAGAGAUUGGAGAAAAGUAUAAGAAGAAAGCUGCUCUAAUUAAGUCUUCUGAUGAAUGAAGAUUAAAAGUUAUCCACGCAAGAACUUUGUAAACAGUGUAAAUUUUGAAAUUCCUUUGUAGGUUUGAAAAAUCUCUGACAUUCUAUACCUCUUCUUACAAUGAAGUCUCAUGAACACAUCUUCCCAUGCCUGUGAAAUAUUUUAUAGCUUUUAUAUAUCUAGUUCAUUAACUUAAAGUAUAUAUAACCUGACAUUAUGAAAAUUUGCUGGUUUAUUGUCUUUAGAUGUGAGGACCAGUUAUAUUAUAUACCCGGAGUUAAUAAAAUGUUAUCAAUAAA